CCGCAAAAGAUGGUGUUUCUGGAGGAGAGGAUGUCGGCGAUGGAGACCACCCUGGCAGUGAUGUCGAGGGCGAUGGAGCGCCUGGCGGUUUUGGCGGAGCCGGAGCGAGGAAGGGAACUCCGGGCUAGCUCAAUGUGGGACGUGAGCAUGGGAAGCAGCCAGGGCUUUGCAGACCUCCCAGCACCGAAGGGAAGGGAAAUGCGAAAGGAGCCCGGUGCCCGGCCCAAGAUCCAAACGAGCCUGACGCGGGUGGAGGAGAGUGACGACGAAGGGGAAAAGCCUCCGAGAAUCCCGGCUACGCUCCCAACUGAGACCCUGGUGCCCCUGGCGAAUGCCGGGCGUGGCACAGGACAAAGGGAAGCAGCAGCGGGGCCCACUGGCCCGCAAGGGGGCUUGCGACGGGCGGAGAAUUGGGGAUUGCCACCACAGGGACCCCUACCGAGACGAGAGGAACUAAGGAUCGAGUUUGGGGGAGAGUCCUCUGAACUGGAUUUUUUCCUGACCACGGUGAGGGGCUAUAUGGAGGACAAUGCCCACACUUUUAGAACGGAAUCCAGCCGGGUACGGGCCAUUGGUGCAGUGUUGAAGAGGGGAGCGGCCAGCUGGUACGUUCAACUACACGCGCGGCGCGACCCAUGUCUGGGGUCACUCCGACGCUUUAUGGGGGCCCUGGAGACCCGUUUCCGAGAUCCACUGGAGCAGAUCCGGGCGAGGGAGGAGUUGAAGACCGUCUCCCAGGGGCAGAGGUCGGUAUCCGAGUAUGCGGAGGACUUCCAAUGCCUCGCUGAAAAGGUGCCGGAAUGGUCUGCAGUGACAAAGAUAGAACUCUUCAAAGAGGGGCUCAGGCGGGAGAUCCUCUCCUGGGCGGUGCAUCGUGAUGAGCCUGACACACUGCGCGGAUGGAUUCAGCUGGCGGGGCGCAUCGAGACAUCGCUGGCCCAGGCGAGGAGGCACCGAGGAGGGCUACAGCAGCGGCCGCAGAUGAAAGAGGGGAGCCGGAAGGAGGGAUCAACCCCAGCCGGGAGGAGAACGGAGCCGACAGGGAACGUGAGCACCAGCAGGAGGGGCUGCUUCGUGUGCGGCCGUUUGGGCCACAGGGCUGCCGAGUGCUGGCAGAGAAAAGGGGAAGGCGGAGGCCCGCCCAAACCAAGAGCCGUGGCAGGGAAACGCGCCGAGGAAGAACCACCGAUGAGGCACCACUCGGGGGGGUUGGACGAAGGGGAGGAGGACGCCAUGUCAGAACCCUGCUACUAGAGCCUGGAUGUGGCUCUGAGUUUCAGGGUCACUGACAUUGAUAAGACACCUGCGUCCCAGGACUCGGAGGAGAAACGGCUGAUGGACUUGGCGGGGAAUUUGCGCGGGGUUUUACUGAGCGGGAAGAGACUGUUCAAAUGAGGGGGAGGGUAUAUAAAGGAGGGUUGGCCGGAGCCUCCCAUUCUUGGCUUUUCUGAUGUUCAUGUUUCCUACAGUAAAAGUUCCUGGUGAUACCACA